GCCAAAACCCGCGCGUGUGCCCACAAUCACAUUACAGAGCAAACGGUUCGCGGGUAAACAGCGGCGCGAGCGAAAACAUGACUUCCAAUUUAAAAGUUUUGCGCGGCAAUUUUUCGCGCCAACUGUUCUAUUGUGUAAGAAAUGGCGCCAACAAAAGGCAUAAGGCAAAUCGUGUGUUCUCACAGCAGCUGGUGAGGUCAUUGACUACUCAAACUGCACCGAAUUUCGAUUGCAACGUGUUGAAUUCGCCCUGGGGCGAAAUCCAGGUCACCAAUGAAUCGUUGACGGACCACGUUUUUGCCGACGUCGAGCUAUGGGCAGACAAACCUUCAUUGACAUGCGGUAUCAGCGGGCGCUCGUACGACUACGGCAUGAUGCGGAUGAUGAUAGACCGAUGCGCGUCAGGCCUUAUAGCUGCGUUGUCUCUGCAACCGGGCGACCGCAUCGGUCUCAUACUGCCCAACCUCCCCGAGUUCGCGGUGCUCAUACACGGCGCCAUGCGGGCUGGACUCGUCGUCACAUUCGCUAACCCCUUGUACACGGCAGAUGAAAUGAAGCGCCAAUUCUCGGACUGCCACGUGAAGGCGAUUGCGACCAUCGAGAUGUUCAUGCCGGUGGCGCAGGAGGUCAGCAAGGCCCUCAAGGACUACAAGGGCACCAUCUGGGUUGGUGGCGACGAUGACAAAACUAAAGGUAUCUUUGGCCUGCGUUCUCUCGUGAUGGCGGAUCACAAGGCCGACCUGCCUACCGUGAAUGCCGACGAUGUCUGUCUGAUACCAUACUCCAGUGGCACCACGGGGAUGCCCAAGGGCGUCAUGCUGACCCACAAGAAUCUGGUCAGCAACCUGAAGCAAGUCAUGUGCCCCAAAAUCAUGAAGUACGGCGGUGAGAAGGGUCAAUGUGAAGUUGUAUUGACGGUACCACCGUUCUUCCACAUUUACGGUUUCAACGGAAUUUUGAACUACAACCUCAGGCUGGGCUACCAUAUUGUCUCUAUGCCAAAAUUCACCCCGGAGGACUACAUAAAAUGCCUGGUGCAGUACAAGCCCAGCACUUUGUUCGUGGUUCCGUCGCUGCUAGCGUUUCUGGGCACGCACCCGAUGGUCACCAAAGAACAUCUGCAGUCAGUGGAGACGAUCAUGGUCGGCGCUGCGCCUACCACGGAUAGUAUAUUGGAGAAGUUCCUGCUUAAAUGCCAGAAGACUAAGGACCAAGUUAGGUUGUUGCAAGGUUACGGCAUGACAGAGAGCUCGCCGGUGUCGCUGAUGACGCCGUACGUGUACCCGCACGGCAAAGUGGGGUCCGUGGGGCAGCUCGUGUGCAGCACGCAGGGGCGCGUGGUGUCGCUGACGGACGGGCGCGCGCUGCCCCCGCACCAGGCCGGCGAGCUGUGGCUGCGCGGCCCGCAGGUAAUGAAAGGUUACUGGAAUAACGAGGCGGCGACCAAAGAGACUGUAGACAGCGAAGGUUGGUUGCACACCGGCGACGUCGCCUACUACGAUGAAGAGCAUUACUUCUACAUCGUCGACAGGACCAAGGAACUCAUCAAAGUCAAGGGCAACCAGGUAUCUCCGACAGAAAUCGAGAGCAUCAUCAUGGAAAUGCCCGAGGUAGCGGACGUGGCAGUGGUGGGGAUGCCAGACCACCUUGCCGGGGAGUUGCCUAAAGCAUUCGUCGUACUAAAACCACGAGGACAACUCACCGAGAAGCAAGUCUAUGACUUUGUCGCUCAAAAACUCACAAAAUACAAACACCUCGAAGGUGGAGUUGCUUUCUUAGAUGCUAUUCCCAGGAAUGCUGCUGGAAAAAUCAUGAGGAACGAACUCAAAGUACUUGGAAAGAACAGGAAGAAAUAGAAACAUCCUGCCACAAAAUAUAGAGUAUUAUUUUUGAUAUUGUGUAUACAAACACUAUGUAUAGAUAUAAUAGUAAAAUCCUGAUAAAUAAAAUUUGUUAAGUUUUAUGAUGAUGAUGGUGUAAAAAUAUUUUAGUACAAUAUUUGUAGGACUGAUAAAUAAUAGUUACUGUUUGUUAUACUGUUUAGUUUUAAGAAAUUAGUUGCAAAGCAAUACUUAUGUAACUGACUAUAGCAUGAAACUGUGAUCUUUUUAGAUUUUCUUCUUUACCAGUGCAAUAUAAAUAAUACUAGCUGGCCCAGCGAACUUUGUAUCGCCAUAAAAAUAUGGGUGGUAGAAGGUUGAAAAUUUAGGAUUGUACCUAUGUAUUUUUGUAUGAUGUAUCAUAAAAAAAUAAAGAUAAAAACUAAAAAAAUUGUCAAAAAAAAAUUUAAAGGUUUAGACUUAUCCCUUCACAUUAAGGGGGAUGAAAAACAGGUGUAGUCCGAUUCUGAGCUACUAAAUAUGAAUAUAAAAUUACACGGAAAUUGGUCGAGCCGUUUCAGAGUAGUUCAAUUACGCAAACCGUGACACAAGAAUUUUAUAUAUUAGAUUAUGGCAUUGCAAUGAUGCAACAAAAGGUAAAUUUUAGGUAAUGAAAAAUAAACUGUUAAGUAUAGUAAUCUCAUAAUCAUUAUAAUGAUUGAGUGGUUAGCUAUUAAAUGAUACAAUUGACAUAGGAAUGAAUUCAUUAUUAUUUUGUCAUAAAUACAAAACUAAAAUUACAGUUGUCAUUCAUCACAUUGAAAUUGUCUAAAAUACUAGUUACUUGCCAUUGUUCAUUCUGAGAUCCAGGUGUAUUGGCAAUGUUAUAUCAUAAGGAAAAUUAUACUGUUGUGGUUAUUUGUGUAAAUCAUGUUGAUUGUGUUGAACUGUAUUAUGUUAGUAAAGUAUUUUUUUGAGUUAAGCACAGUCUUUUAUUUCACUAAUCUGAAAAAUCUCACUGUCUGAUGAGAUUGAUCAUUGUUUUUUAUAGUUGUAGUCUUCAUAAUUUCGAGGAAUUUUGAGAUACUGACAAAACUGAUUGCAUAUUUCAUGAACAUUGUGAAGUAUGCACUUCCUGUAUCUGAUCAUCAUGACUUGGAAGAGGCAAUCAGUAUCUGUGAAGUAAUUUAUAUUAAUUCUUUUAUGAUUACACUAAUCAGUGGCAAAAACUCAAACUUUAAGUCUUAUUAAAGAAGUUGAAUUGGAUCUAGUUGUCUCUUGUUGGCAAAGUACUAUUACAUUUGUCAGAGUCCAUAAUCUUGAUAAAUCCUUAGCUCCCAAAGUGUUAGUACCCUGACAGCAAUAGACCUUCCAUAUCCCGAAAUUGACAGCUAAUUCAAUGAUUUAAGGAACAUUAUGAUCCUUUUUCCUCUGGUUCUACUUCUGGAGCUUUGGCAUCUUCUGUAGUUACUUGUUCUUCCUUCUUUUCUACAUCAGGAGUAGAUAAGGUCUCCUGUGAAGUCGCUGCUUCCUGCUCCUUGGGAGGAUUUUCAUCAACUGGUUGCGGUAAUUCUGAUUGAACAUCACUUAUAGAAUAGUUGUCGUUUUGAAUGGUGGGUGUUGGAACAUCUUGCUCUUCGGGUGCUGUAACAUUUUCUACUGGGUCUGGUUGUUUCUCCUCUUUUUCUUCUUCCAUGUUGGAGUCAGACUGACUGGACUCUUCUGGUAUAUCACAAUGACUCUCUAUUGCCUUGGGUGAAUUACUAUUUCCAUCAGUGUUAUCACUAGAUGAUGAGCUUUCUUCACUUGAAGUCGGAACAUCUGAUACAACCUUAUUGUCCGACUCUUCUUUUGAAUUGGAAUCCGAGCUGCUUUCAUCAAUACUAGUUUGCUGAUCUUCCAAAUUAGUUUUACUUUCAGUGACAGGUGCCUUUUCUGCAAUUUCUUCUUCUGCUUUUAUUGUAUUAGUUUGUUCAUUUAAUCUCUGCUCAGUCAUUUCAGCAUCAUCUACUUUAAUUUCUGGAAUUACUAAUCCUUGGGUUUCACAAGCAUCUUCAGUUUUCAUGUCUACAUCCAUUUUUGGUUUAUCAGAUGCCUCAGGUGUAUCUGUAGUUUCUAUCUUAUUGUCUUCUGUUACCGAAGUAGUCGCUUGUUGGGUUGUUACAGAUUCUGAUUUUGUUUCUACUACAGGUUCAUCAGAUGUUAUAUUUAGCUCCGGGGGAGUUACAGAUUCAUACUGAGUAGACACUUUAUCUUGUAUGUCCAUUGGAGCAUCUUGCUUGGCUUUCAGUCUUGCUUCAAUAUCAUCAACUGAAAUAUGGGUAUCAGAAGAACUUGGUUGAGGUUCAGAGCUUUGUUGGGGUUCUGAGUUUUCUUUCCAUGACAUAUCUUCCAUUUCAACGUCUACAUUGUAUUCAGAGUUGUUGUCAGAGCCAUUUACUAUGGGUUCCAUUGGUUCACCGUUUUCUGCUUCUAUGUGACGUUGAAUCCCAGGCUCCCUGGUGCUCACAACCAGAAUGUUCUUUUCUAUAGCUCUCAUAAAUUUGUCUACUCUGUUAUACUGCUUACGAGGAUAUGUUAAAAGUUCACAUAUUCGUUGAACUGUGAAAGGUGCUGAUGUAAAGGAAUCCAGACGUUCUAGCAAACUGUUUUUCAUGAUGUCGUAAUUAAAUGGAUCCACAUUCGGAUAUGGUGGAAUAUCGAUGCCAGGUGUGGUUUCGUAAAAAUCUGUAAUCACGUUCAAAAGUUUUUCUUUGAAUAAACAUUUCACGAGAGUCCAUUGGUACACUGGAUCACCGGUGCGCGCUACGUACGCCAAAUAGUCAUUUAGCUCUUGAGGAAUAUUCUUAGUUUUACGUUUGGAAAAUUCUUCUAGAAAAUGAAAUAUUUCUUCUGCAUUUUCCAUUUUCAUGAAAGCAAUUGUGAUGAUAGCAGAAAAAAUAAAAUAAAAUUACGAUGAAUUGUAUCCACGAUCCACAGAUAACAAACGAGGCGAGCGAGGUACGACGAGUCACAACGAGUCACAGAUUAACCCAGACCAGAAACAUAUUUAUUUACGUGUUGU